UCUCGAUUCUGUCCAAAUUAAAUCCACUUAUUAAUUUUUUCUUCAUUCUUUUACACCUUUAUAAAGCCCAGUCAAGAGAAUAAAACACAUCCAAAAAAAAGAAAACCAAGUUAAAAGAAAUAGCAAAACAACAAAGUAGCUGGUGAUCGAGAGAAUAAAAUAAAGUGGAAGAAUCAUGAUUCCAUUGUUUUCUCUUAGGAUGAACUUCGCGGCCAUGGCUGUGGCAUUAUUGUAUCUAACCACAGUGGAGCCGUGGCGCGUUAAUUCAAAAACGGUGAACAUAAAGCUCGUUACAAAUGCACGUGAAACUAGUGCUCUUUGUUUGGAUGGGAGUUUACCGGGGUAUCAUUUGGACAGAGGAUAUGGAGCGGGUCAAAACAAUUGGCUUCUACAAUUCGAGGGUGGUGGAUGGUGCAAUGACCUAACAUCAUGCUUAGAGAGAGCACAAACUCGCAGGGGUUCAUCACAUUAUAUGAGUAAGUUGGCGACCUUCAAUGGUAUUUUAAGCAACAAUGCUACCCUUAAUCCAGAUUUUUAUAAUUGGAAUAGGGUGAAGCUUAGAUACUGUGAUGGAGCUUCAUUUACUGGAAACAAAGUGUUGAAUAAUGGGACAACAAAGCUUUACUUCAAAGGGCAAAAGAUUUGGGAAGCCAUUAUUCAGGACCUUCUACCACAAGGUUUAGAAAAGGCACAGAAGGCUUUGCUUUCAGGCUGUUCAGCAGGAGGUUUAGCCACUUUUCACCAUUGUGACAACUUUACCAAAUAUUUGCCAGCAAAUGCUAGUGUUAAAUGCAUGAGUGAUGCAGGGUUUUUUCUUGAUGAAAAAGAUAUCAGUUUGAACUACACCAUGAGGAACUUCUUCAAAGGUGUAGUUACAUUGCAGGGUGUAGAGCAGAAUCUAAAUAGUAAGUGUACCAAAGGGUUCUCCUCCAAUGCAUUCUUGUGCUUCUUUCCACAGUAUGCGUUGAAAUAUAUAUCGACACCAUAUUUUAUCUUAAACACUGCCUAUGAUGUAUUCCAAUUCAGUAAUGUAUUGGUGACACCUUCAUCCGAUCCCCAAGGAAAAUGGAACCAGUGCAAGCAUAAACUAUCGACAUGCACCCCAGCCGAAAUUGAUACAUUGCAAGGUUUUAGGCUCAGCAUGAUUACAGUUUUGAAACCGUUCUUAGAUUCAAAAAGCAGCGGAAUGUUCAUAAAUUCAUGUUUUGCUCAUUGCCAAAGUGAAAUGCAAGAAACAUGGUUUAAAGCCAAUUCUCCAAGAAUAAACAAUAAGACUAUUGCAAAAGCAGUUGGUGAUUGGUAUUUUGGUAGAAGCAAAACUCAGGAAAUAGACUGUGCAUAUCCAUGUGACAAAACUUGCCAUAAUAUGAUACCAUAAGCUAAGGUUAUUUAGAAGAUCAUACUGGAAAUUUUUCAACAACUUUUGAGAGGGAUUUUUUUUUAUUGAAAACCAUACAAUACAAGUAUACACAAUGCUGAAUGCCAGGCAGAUAGAAAAUUCUUGAUAAAGGAAUGAGAAAGAAUAUGUAAUUUGAAUGAUAGUUUUCAAUUAUUUUUUCGACACCUGAUAGUUUUCAAUUAUGUCAUUCAUUCAUAUUACUAAAUAUAUACUACAUUUUUACUUAAUAAAUGUUGAAUUAUAGAAUAAAA